UGGUGGCAGGGUGGAUGGUAGAAGGAGCUAUAUUAUCUAUUAAACUGAAAGUGUUUUCAUUCUCUUUAUCCUUCCAACUCUAACUUCCGUUCUUCAAUCUCUCCUCUAUCGGCCUUCUGGCUUUCUUCGGUUAACUCACUAAGCUGUACCCUAGAAAUAUUAUCAACCUCCUUCACUACUGGUCGGAGAUCGGAGAUCGGAGAGUAGGAAUUCCGUUUCAAUCAUUGCAUGGAUAAACAAUUACUUCACUCACAGUCACAACAGGACUCUUUUGUUCCUCCUGAAUAGUAGUUUUAGGCAUUUGAUGAGUUCGUUGAAUCUGUAGAAACAAGAUUGGCCGAACUGGGCCUAAAUUAGAGGUGCAGUGCAGUUGUAUCCUUGGUAGAUCUGAUUAUUCCUUAUCAAGGACACCAAUAAGUGGAAAAGAAGACGUACAGAGCUGAAGUUAGUGUAGCAGGUGAUAAUUUUCAGUGAAGUCUUUUGACCAUAGUGGUAAUGCUGUCAAAAUUGUAAGCACUUAAAAGCUUUAAUUAAUCCUUACCUAAGUAUCCCUGCCAUGGCUUUCUCAACCCUCUCCACUUUUUCGGCCAAUUGUCUACCUCCUCUUCACGCCACAGCUCUCUUCAGGUCUAAUGCUACGGAGAAUCUCGCCAUUGAAGGGAGAAAGUUGAGCUUCUCCAUCUCGACCAAACAAGGUCAAACUGUGCCAAUUCUUAAGGAUUGUUCACUUACCAUUCCUGUGGGACAAUUUUGGAUGCUUCUUGGUCCCAAUGGUUGUGGAAAAUCGACCCUUCUAAAGAUUUUGGCUGGUCUUUUGAGUCCAACAAAAGGAGCUGUCUUUGUGGAAAGGCCUAAGAGUUAUGUUUUCCAAAACCCCGAUCACCAGGUUGUGAUGCCUACAGUGGAAGCAGAUGUUGCAUUUGGCCUUGGAAAGUUCAACCUUACCAGUGAUGAAGUCAAACUUAGGGUGUCAAAAGCUUUGGAUGCUGUUGGCAUGCUAAGCUACCAACAGCGGUCAGUUCAAACUCUUAGCGGUGGUCAGAAGCAAAGGGUUGCUAUUGCUGGUGCUUUAGCUGAAGCAUGUAAAGUUCUCUUGUUGGAUGAGCUUACAACAUUUUUGGAUGAAACUGAUCAGCUUGGGGUAAUCAAAGCAGUAAGGAACUCUUUAGAUAGUUCUGAAGAGGUUACAGCAUUAUGGGUGACACAUCGCUUGGAGGAGCUUGAGUAUGCAGAUGGUGCAGUCUAUAUGGAAGAUGGGAGAGUUGUCAAGCAUGGAGAUGCAAAAACCAUUUUGGAAUUCAUUAAAGGCAGGCAAUCAGCAUAUAUCAAACAAAUCAAUUCUUGAUUAAAAUUUUGGCCCUCCUGCUAUUUAAAGUCACUGUUUUCUGGUAAAUAUUUAUAGACAUUUUACCAUAGUUUUGUGAAUAACUAUAGAUUCUCUACAGUUCUGGUUGGUUUCCUGCUUUUCUUUCCCUAGGUCAUGUUUUUCGAAUCACCUGGGACAGGUGUACCUUAGCGUAACUAGCUUUAAUGCGACUGUGUUGAUCAUAGAUCAGCUUUCAUUGUAGAGUUAAAAAUCAGGGAAAAGACUGAAAUUCAACCCUUGUUUUUCAUGUCCUCUAGUUAAACCAAGUCCCUCAAGCUACCAACAAAAGCAUGACUUAGUUGAGUUACUUGAAGAGCUGAGCAACUGGUUGGAUUCCAUUUGUAAUCAAACAAUGCUGAAUCUUUGGUCAUGUUGAUUAGAGUUUUCAGCUGUUAUGAAUAAAACAAACAAAAAUUAAUAUGAAA